UGCCGCGGUAAGAAGUAGCGUUUAGCCUCAACGCUAUCACAGAGGUGACAGUCACUUUGAGUAGAUGACCAUGUUCUUGAAGAACGACGUGUUUUAAAAUGCGUCUUCGACUUAUGUUCAGAAAUGCCUCAGAAAGAUCCUUGUCAAAAGCAGGCAUGCGCCAUCCAGAAGUGUUUACAAGCUAAUAAGUACAUGGAGAGUAUGUGCGAGGACGUGAUCCGAAACAUGCGGCGGUGCUGUGAAAUCCACGGGCGAAACUCGACCUGCUGCUCCGGUUUUAAGGACUCCAAACCGACCGAAAACGAGAAGGAAACAUAAAUCUCAAGUUCUCCUUUCUGUACAACAAUAGAGCAGACCUCAAGCAAGGCAAUGCAAACAGAAGGAAUCCUUUCAUCAAGCGUCUUACUUCUUCUUGCUGGUGGUUCGCUCCAGCAGUUUGUGGGCGAAAGACAGGGUUCCACCUGGACAGACAGCCAGUCCAUCACUGGGCAACAAAGAGACACACAUGCGCACACUUAUACCCAAUGUAAAAUCAGAGAGACUGAAUAACCUAACAGUAAUGUUUAUUGUACUAUGGGAGGAAGCUGGGGUACCCAGAGAGAGCCAGCGAAUACACGAAAGACCAUUAAGAAAUACCCAAGACAGGGUUUUGAACCCAAGACCUUCAUAUCCCUACUUUAUUGUUAGGAUUAUGGAAUUUCUGAAGCAUUUUAAAAAAAGGUUAUAAGGAAGAAAUAGGGUCAGGGGGGUCUUGGCCUUUUAAAUUGUGCUCAUUUGUAAACAAAAAAAAAAUAGUUUGCCAAAGUAUCUUCUAGUCUUCUUACUGUAUUUAUAAUAAUACUAACGUUAUUUAUUUUAUACCCAAAAGUGGGAUGCUUAUGGGGCUAACCCUGUCAAGUAAUUGAACUGAUUGGAAUUAAAGUUCAAAUAUAGAAGGUAUAAAACGUUUAUUUAUAUUUUCUAUAUAUGUUUGCCAUUAUUAAAUUUGUACUUUUAUUAUCUGAAAAACUCGUGUAAUUGAAAAAAUACAGUCUGAAAAAAAAUUCAUGUUUUGGACACAUUAAAACCUGCAUUUUCACACUUAAAAUUUUAAGAUAAAUAUUUUGUUCCCUAUCCUUUCAGUGUCUCUGUAUCCUUUUGAACUUAGAAAUUGAAAUAGAAACUAACACUGCACUCAUACAGGAAAAUAAACAUUUUGUUUCGUUUCCUAAAAAAACAUUCUGAAGUUUGAAUAUGUUGUAUUACUUGCAACAAAUGUUGAAAAGAUAAUCCCUAAUAAAUAUUUAAAAGCCUA